UUUGUUGUCGGAGUUGAAACACUUUACCCUAACCCUCCAAAUAAAAAUCCGAUCUUUCCAAUUUUCUCAUCUUCUUCCUUCCUCCUUCGCCAUGCUGACCACGAGAAAAUGGUUGGCGAUGGCGAGCCUUCCAUGAUGGCGUCGUGCUGUCGCCGCGAGCGUUUAUCUUCUUUGUCUUGGUCUCGCAGCGUUUCUAUUAUUUUUGACGAGUUUCAGCGGUAGUCCACUCUCGGAUUGGUCCAAGUCACUUUACCCCCAUCCAUACCGUGCAUUUCUGCAAGUUUGAACACUUUCGAACACCAACCAUCUUAAAUCAGAGUCCAUUUGGAUAUUGGGUAAGAAUAUCCCUCUUGAACGCGCUAUCGAUAUGAUCGUUUAUUGUUUAGGCUUUGAUGAUGUUUGUUCAAGGAAGUGAACUUUCGGUUGUCAUUGAGGACAAAAUUUGCAAGAAGCAUUGCCGAUUCCAAAGUCAGGGUUUCUGGUGUUGCUUGUGGAAACUGAAUCUGAUAAAAGUCCUUAAUUUCCAAUAGAGAAAUGAAUAGGUUUUUACAUUAGAAUCGGAGGUAGUAUUGUUUGAUCAAGGGACUUUCGAGCUUCCCCUAAAACUAUUUGAUAUUUGUUGCAACAGAGUUUAGGAGUUUAAAAUGAAUGGAAAAUCUAUGUUCCUACGCCUAAAUCGAUACCCCAACUCUUACCCAAAUUCUGAAACACAUGUUUUUGAUCAUAAGAAGUCGGCUUUUCUAUGGGUUUUGAUGAGACACAAAUCUAGCGGUGGAAUGAGACCAAAGAGAAAAAUAUAUUAUAGAGUUGCUGAACUGGACAAAGUCAUGGACUUGCAAAAAAAGCCAUCCCUCAUACUAAAGCUUAUUAACAUUAUCCAAUCUCAAAAGCACAAAUUUAUAUUAUUGAGGGACCUGGAGAAAGAAGUAGGAUUUGUCCAAAAAUGGAACUUCAUGGCUGUUAUUGAGAAGUACUCUUCGAUCUUUUAUGUCGGCUCUGGAAGUAGUAGAGUGCCCCCUUAUGUUAGACUCUCCAAUAAAGCUGAAAUGAUUGCUAGUGAAGAAGAUAAGGUAAAGAGUGCAAUGGAACCAAUCUUGGUAAAGAAUUUGAGGAAGCUGUUGAUGCUGUCAGUUGAUUGUCGAGUACCGCUUGAGAAUAUAGAAUUCAUUGCAUCUGAAUUGGGUUUGCCUUGUGACUUCAAAACUUCAUUGAUUCCUAAGUACCCUGAAUUCUUUUCAGUGAAGGAAGCUGAUGGGAAAGCUCAUCUAAAUUUGGAAAACUGGGAUUCUUCACUUGCAGUCUGUGCUCGAGAAGAUGGAUUUGGUAAAGCUAGAGAUUUAUCUUCUUGUGGAUCUGGAAAAAGAGUUAGAAUCUCAAAAGAUGGCAACUUUUGUGGUCCUUUUGCAUUCAAGAUGUGUUUUCCUCCUGGCUUUAGGCCAAACGCGAGUUACCUUGAACAUCUUGAAAGGUGGCAGAAAAUGGAUUUUCCUUCCCCGUACUUGAAUGCGAGGAGAUUUGAUGUAGCUGAUCCGAAGACAAGAAAGAGAGUGGUCGCAGUUCUUCACGAGUUUCUAAGUUUGACAAUGGAAAAAAGAAUGACUUCAACACAAUUGGAUGCAUUUCAUAGGGAGUUUCUUCUACCAUCUAAACUAUUGCUUUGUUUAGUAAAGCAUCAAGGAAUCUUCUACAUCACUAAUAAAGGUGCAAGGAGUACAGUAUUUCUGAAAGAAGGCUAUGAAGGGUCAACUUUGGUCGAUAAAUGUCCUUUGCUGUUGCACUCUGAUAGAUUUCUUUCACUGUGUGGUAGGAGGGACGUGAGUUGCAAUACACACCAAGUUAGUUUAUAAUCACAUAUUUAUUGGAAAAAAAUUGCAUGAAAAGUGAAAGGAAGCUUAAUGCUCGUUGGAUUUCCCAAGAUAUGAAGUAAUGAACUUCGUUGUUGUAGUUUGGUGUUUUCGUACACCAAUUAAAAGAAGGAUGUAAAGAGAAAAUAGCAAGUAUUCUUUUAAGUAAUUUUACCGGGUAAAUGUUAGGUUUGGUGUAUACAUUAUAAUAUUUUUGGGAAAAAUAUGAGUUAGAGUUGGGAUUUCCAUCA